CUUAUCAUGUCGCACAUGAAGAUAAAUCCAGAUGCCGAAGUUUCAACGUGUCACGUAGACGCCCAAAUUGACGCGGCACCGUACCUUCAAGAUCUAUAUAAAGACGGUCCUUUUCCCCUGCUUCUUCAUCCACUGGUAGUUCGACCUCUUCUAGUCACUUACUUUCUAGUCUGCAUCCUCGGCAACAAAAUGGUGUCUGGUUCCUGCACCGACGAGGUCACCCUCAAUGUCUCUGCUGCAAGGCUUUGGAAAGGAGCAGUGUGCGAACCCCACAUCUUGUACCCUAAGCUCUUGCCUGAUUUUUUCUCGAAAGCUGAGCGUAUUGGAAAGGGAGUUGGAGCCGUCAAUGUUUUCUACUUUGCUCCAGCUUCUAAUAUGCCACUGGGAAGCUUCAACAAGAACAAAAUAGUAGUGUUGGAUGAGGCAACUUACACUUUCAAAAACACAGCCACCGAAGGAGGUCUCAUAGGCGUAUUGCUCAAGUCACUUGAUUAUGAGUCAGUGUUUGUGCCUUCGGGUGCUGAUAGUUGCAUUGCAAAGAUCAAGAUGGAGUAUGAAACACUCGGGGACAAGGAUCUUAGUGAGGAAGAGCUAAAACCCAUUAGAGAUGGAUCCAUCGGAGUCCUCAAAGCUGUCGAAGGAUACUUGCUCGCUAAUCCUGAUGUCUAUGCAUGAAUUCAUAUAUGACUCAUGAGUCCAUCAGAACUUGCUUUUUAUUCUUGUUAUCUAAGCAUAAGUUCAAGUUAUCAUGAAUUCAGCAGUUAAAAUGUCUUCAAUAAUUGGACUCGUUUCUAGAGUGCUUGGAAACGUUGGUGUAAAACUUUUGCUACAAAUAAAAGCUAUGUUACUUACUUUCAAA